GUAGCCACUUUUGUCACUUUGUGAAUUUACUUUAAUACUUCUUAUACUUUAUACUUAUACUUAUAAUAAAUUGAGAUAGACGCUUAGAUAUUAGCUUUCUUACACCAAUAGGGCCUACUUUAACUUACUUUGCUAUAACUAAGUAACUUAGGUUAGACUAUUAGGGCCUACUGACUAUUUACAUUUAGUGUUAUAGAAUUUUCAUUUUUCGCGUCUGAACUUAAGUGUCUCAGCUAAUCUGCUUUUCUCAAUUUCUCUGACUACUGCCCUUUGAAAAGAAAUUACUCUAAAUGAGUCUAGCUUGACUCCCCUCACUAAUAUGUCUAUUUAAAUCAAAAAAAUUUUUAAUAGAAAGUGAAGAUUAGAAACUAAGUCCUGCCAAAAAAGAGAAGUGUGUUACUUCGUUACUCAAUAACUCAGUGUCAAUAUUUUUUUUAUUACUCUGGAUUGCACACUUUAAGGUACAGUCAUAUUAACUAGUUUGUUGAGGGAAAAAAUACUUUUCCAGUAUUAUUAAAUUAUAAUUAUAUCAUGAUCGCUACUAAAUGAUGUAGAUUUAAGUCUUAUUUGUUUUCAAUUGUGCUUGUUCUCCCUUGAAAUUAACUAUUUAUUGUCUAUUUUUAAGCCAGGCUAUAAUUUAGUAUACCAUAUCAGUUUAGGCAUAUAAUUAUCAAUCUAUAGUCUAUACCAGGCCUGCACAACAUAAGGCGAAUGCGGCCCGCAAGCACCCACUUUGCAGCCCGCAAAGUAACGAAAUAUUGUUUAUUCUUAUUAUUUUCUUAAUAGCUUUCCCCUCUGUCCGUAUUUCUUUUGGCCCGCACAAGUCCUGUCCUAUUUUCUUUUGGCCCGCACAAGUUUUCAUAAAGUAUUACAGCCCCCCUUACAUUUUGAGUUGUGCAGGCCUGGUCUAUACAAUACUAAGGAAUAAUAAUUCUCUCUAUAUAAACUCUAUCACCCUCCCUCUCCCACAUUUUUAAAAAAAGUAAAUACACAAAAAUAAGAUGUCCUUCUCAUGAGAAUUGUGAUCUUCAGGGUAAAGAAAAUAGUAGGCAAGUUAAUGAAAUACAUUCAACAAGUAUUUUACCUUAAUUAUAUAAUGCUGGGUAGCAGAGCCAUCUAAACUGAGUCAACCCAAGCUUAUGGACUGGAGUUCAUUUCCAGCAAAUGCCCAGACAAGCCCCCCUCCCCCCCAAAAAAAAACAACAACAAACAAACAAACAAAAAACAACACCUUCUCCAGUGGAUAAGAUUCAUAUUGUAUCUUGGAUGAAAACUCAUCUAAGAGAAGACCAAUUCUGAAAUGAAACAUUGACACGAUUAAACUCCUGAAAUGGAUCACAUAAAGAACAAGGUGAACAAAAAAAAACAACACUGCUGGUCAUCUACUGCAUCCUGGACAUUUUUUUGAAUAAGUUUUGCCAUUGGAUCAAAUAGGCAAGGAUAAGAAUAAGAGAGUAAGCUUGAUAAAUUGAGCAACUCUCCCUCACUUUAAACAAAAUACUACUCAAGUCAAGGCAACUACUGAAGUCGAAAACUAACUUGGUCAUCUUUGCAUGUGAAGGACAAACAAUAAUGGGAUGCUAAUAAUGUUAAUGUUAUUGAAGCUCAAAUUAAGGACGAGGGAAGCAUCUUUCUGUACAAAAAUUUUAUAACUUUAAACUGAUCUGAAUCUUCUUUUCAUUUCUUUGCAGUACUGAUGGCUAAGUCUCUGCUUGAUACUUUUAUCUGACUCUAUUCAGCAAUAUUAUACUGGCAAUGCACUAAGUAUAAGCCUAAUAAGUAGGUCCUAAGCUGUAUUUUUGAACUGGUAAUCUCUAAAAAAAUAUAAAUAUGGCAUCAGAAAGAGAUGAAUCUAUUUCAGAAUUAUUUGGUAAGUAUUGGUCAGAGCAUAAAAUUUAAAAAUAAUUUAUAGGAACAUAACUAGCUAUGAUUAAUGGUGGACUAUGCCUUAUUAAUAUCAAGAUUGUAAAAGUAAAACAAAUGCUGAUUUGAAUCUUUAAAAGUCUUUUACUUCAACUUUAACUGACAACAGAAAUAAUUAUACACUAUCACUAUCACUAUAUUUAUUUUUUGUUUAUUUUGACAAAUAUAGUGACUGAAUUGCACAAAAUUCAAAUGAAGAGUCCAUAAUUUAAUGUAUAAAGUAAUAUUGGCUUAUAAACAUUUUUAAAAAAAAUGAAACAAGUAUAGGUGGUUUAAAAAAUAAAAUGAAUACAAUAUCUUCUCAGCAACCAUAAUAUUAAGUGAAGAUGAAUGCAACAUGCCGAUUUGGGAACACAUCCUUCAUCAUAAUGUAGUAGACUCAAGUCUUGUAAAUGUUAUAGACAGUCAACAAGAACAACAAAUUGUAAAACCAGAUGAUGAAAAUCAAGAAGAAUAUUUUUCUGACCAAGAUUUUCCAAGUAAAGGUGUGUUUAAUUUAAAAAGAAUGUGAUAAUUUACAAAUAUUUCUAUUAAGUGACUAUGAUUAGAGAGUGGUGUGAACUGUGGAACUCUCACACUCUUUAAAACAAAUAGUGGAACCACUUUAGGUGAAAUGAAUAAAUAAUCAACAAACUCAAUUUCAAGCUUCAGUAUUUAAUUGAUAGCAAAAAUUUACAUUUCACAUAUAAUUUGAUAGAUAUGAAAAUUUAGUAACUUGAAAUUUGCGUAAAAUUUUUUUUCCAAAUAAGUGAACUGGCAAUCUGAUUAUUUUUUUUUGAAUGCGCUAAAAUUGCAUGCACAAAAAUACAAAACUUUAAUAAUACUGUAUUUUAAGUAAAUUUGUAAUUUUAAACAUAUAUAUUAGACAGAAAAAUGCUUUAAAUGCCAAAAAUAUCCUAGAAAACAUACAUUCACAGAGCUUGAAUGGAAUUUGAAUACAAAUAAUCAUAAAAUUAUCCACAUAAAAUGUAUAUUCAAAUAACUUUUAAAUAUUUAGAUGUUCCUAGAGCCACAGUAGUGAGUGGCAUACCAUCUCUUGAACUUAGGAACUAUCAAAGAGAACUUGCGGAAAAAGCUCUGCAGGGUCUGAACACUGUCAUAUGUGCACCAACAGGGUCAGGAAAAACAAGAGUGGCAACUCAUAUUAUACUUGAACAUCUAAAGAGUAGACAAGGUAAGUAGAAGUGAAAACAUUCUUUGGCUCAAGACUCAUAUAUACAAAUUUGUAUUAUUUUAUUUUGAAUUUCAUAUUCUGUAUUUGUGUUGUCUUUGAGCCAUUUUUUAAAUUAAUAAUUUACCUAAAGAUGCAUAUUUUCAUUUUUUUAGUUAAUUUAUUUGUGGUCAGCAGUAGGGCAAGUGCGAAUAAGUUAAACAGUUAAGUUAAUAAAGAAAGAGAAAAAUAAAUAAGCUGGUGUGAAAAGUAAGUAAACUACCAUUUCAAACACUACACUUCAAAAACAAAAUACAUGUAACCAAGUAGUCCCAACAAAAAAAAAAUGCAUUUCUGAGUCAUUUUAAUAUUUUUACAAAAAGUAAUAAACCCUAUUGAACUUUGAGGGAAUGUCUCAAAUUCAAAUAUUUAAUCAAAAAACAUUGAAAAAGAGUUAUUGUUUUUACUAGUUUACUACAAUAUUGUGAUGAUUUGAAAAUAAAACUAAAAAAGAUUAUUUUACUUUUACCCCCUUAUGAAAUUUAGCAUUCUGUAUCUUUCCUUUUUUCCAUUUACUUAAUAUUACUCAUCACAGAUAAAAAGAAAGUGGCAUUCCUAGCUAGAACAGUACCACUGACAAGACAGCAAUAUAAAACACUUAGGAAGUAUCUUCCUAAUGAAUUUAAGGUAAUUUUGAUUGUUAACUUAUCUUUAAAAGAUCUAAUACACGGCCAUCUGCUAUAAUCAACUAAUCUUCUGAAGACAUUUUUGUGUUCAAUUUAUUUCACUUUUAAGUUUGUAUAUUUUAUAAAGACGCUGGAAGAAAGUCAUACUUUGUUAACAUUGUUAACUUUUUCCCCCCACUAUUAAUAUUGUUUGUUUCUGCUAAAUGUUUUUAGUUUUAAAAAUAUACUUUUAUAUAAUUUGUAUAAAUUAUUAUACUAAACUUGUAUUUUGUAACUUUUAAACAUUUAUUAAUAGGAAUUAAACAAUAUUUAAAUGGACAAUCCUAAAAUAAUUUUCUUUAGAAAAUAAUGUUUUAUUUAAACUUUUACUCAUAAAUAACUUUAUCAUGAUUAAUAAAAAGGUCACAUACAUCACUGGUCAGUGUGAAGACAGCAUGAGCUUGAAGAUGUUGAUUAAACAUCAUGAUGUUUUUGUGAUGACUCCAAUGGUUCUAAUGAACAACUUACAGAGAACAGGCUUGAGAUUGGAGAAGUUUACCUUAAUAGUUUUUGAUGAAUGCCACCACACUCGCAAGGAUGAGCCCUAUAAUUUACUUAUGUUUGAAUACCAAAAACUGAAACAUGGUGGACGUGAUAAACCUAGGUCUAACUUACCACAGGUAAUGUAAAUAAUAAUCUGUUUCACUUAACAUUUUGAAUGAUCACACUGCUAAUUUUCACCAUUCAAGAUUCAGUCAAAAACUUUAAAGAUGUUGAAUAAUAAGUUGUAGUUUUAUUUUCAUUGAUUAAAAUUAUUUUUAAAAGGUGCACAAAAAAUGAAUAAAUUUGCUGGGCUUAACCUGCUUAAAUAAAAAAGACAAAAUGAUUAAGGAUUUUAACCCUUUCAUUACGAUUGUGCUGUUUUUUUCCAUUCUGUGUAGUCAAGCCAUCAUAAAAAAUAUUAAUAUUCAGGUACAUUUCUUCUUCUUCUUCUUCUAUAUCUUAAGGGCCCACGAUCAAUUUAUUGAUCAUUUUGGCUGCUAUGCAUGUAGAUGGGAUUUGCAAUGUUUCUGUUCCUGAUGUUGAUGAGGAAAUCAUGCACUAGGGGUUUGAAGGCUUGAGGCAAUAGACACAAAUGUGUCUAGUGUUGUCGCCUCAACCGUUCCUUUUGAAAGAUGGUUCCAGUCCCAGAUUGUCUUGGGCAGGAAUGAGCAGCUCCUAUACUGGCUUCUUGCUGGUAUGAGCCUGAAUUGCCUGUCAUGGCCUUGUCGCUGUCUAUGGGGGAGAGGGACGAGUUUCUGUUUAAUACUGGAACAGUGGACCAGCCCAUUAUUUAUCUUGUACAUCAUGGAGAGCCUGGAUUGUCGUCGUCGUUUCUCCAAUGGUGACCAGCCUAGUUUUUCUAGCAUGCUGCCAACAUGCACAGCAUGUCUAAUUUAACUGGCAAUAAAUCACCUACUUUUUACAUUAGUAGCAGAAAUAAUGUAGGUUAUAUUUUAUAAGUUAUUUUUUCAUUACAUUUUCACUGCUAAUGAUUACAAACAGUAAUACAAUCAAAUCAAAGUAAUUGUAUGAUGAUUUAUUGCUUGUUUACAAGCAUGUAUACUAGUGAACCAAAAAACCAAGAAGAUGUGUAAUUUCCUGAAAUGUGCCCAAGUAUUUAAUUUGCAAUUAAAUAAAUUCAAUAAGCCCGAAGAAUUAAAAGGGUUGAAAUAUAGUUGUAUUCUGUCUUGAAGAGCUUCAUUGUUACAAAAAUGUAAAAUUUGAAUUUUUUUUUUAUUCUCAUUAGAUUGUUGGUUUAACAGCCUCUAUUGGUUUUGAAAAAUCCAGGGGAGCCCAAGGCAGUGUCCUUGAAUUGUUGGGUAAUCUCGAUGCUCCUUAUUUGUCAACAGUAAAAAAAGAGAAAUCUGAGCUUCAAGCUAUUGUUCCAGUGCCAAAUGAAUGUAAGAAAAUAUAUUAUUAAUUAUGUUCACAAAUAAACAUUUAUGAAUCUGUUUCUGUUAGAACAAUAAUUGUUUUUAAAAAUUUCUGGGAAUAUGUUUAAAGAGAUUUUAAUAAAAAUUAAGCUGAAAUUAAUCUGGAUAGUAGUGCAAGACCAUCAAAAGUAACACUUGCCAAAAACAAGGAUCAGAAGCCAAGAUUUAUAUGUUGAAACUGCUAAUUUAAGCCACAUAAUUAAUGAGGUUAAUAUUAGUCAAAGGCAUUUAAAAAAUCAAAAGCCUGACAUCGCUACUACUAAAACAUUUUUUUGUAUUUUUAAAUUGUUGUACAUAAUUACUGACUAUCUAAAGUGUAACUCAUAUAUCCUAUUUCUUUUAAUAAGAUUUUAAAGAGCUCACAGCAGUUCAACCUGAUGAGUGUUUUCAAAUGAUUAUUACAAACAUGGAUAAGCUUGAGAAGGCAAUUUCCAAACAUGCUGAAGGUAACAUAUUCAGGCUUUUGGCAAGUAGAUGAGUUUUCAGGGCACUUACCUUGUACUUUUUUUAAAGUAAAUGAGUUUACAUUUUUUAUUUUUAAUUUGAACAUCAAUUUGUGAUUGAUGUGUCUAAUGAAAAAAACUAACAUAGUAUGAUAACUAAUGUGCAUCCAUUAGUCCAUGUUAUGUUUUAAUAGUGUGAAACUAUUUAUAUUUGAAAAUAAUCUAAUAUAAUAAUGGCAACUUCUGAUGCUCUAUAAAAAAUAUUGCAAAAACUAUAAGGCCUAGGAAUUUAACAUUUUGUAAGUCAAAGAACUUAAAUAGCCAAUUUUUUUCCUUGGAGGUGUGAUAGCAGUAGUCCCCAAAUUUAGUCCCCAUAUUUACCAUCUGUUGAACUUGAUUGGUUCAUUAGAGUUCUAUGCUAAUUUUCAUAUUUAAUAAUACCUUUAAUUUUCAUAUUUUAAUUAUACUAACUGCGUAAAUAAAUAUCCUAAUUUAUAAAAUAUCAACUGAAACUGAAUUCAGAGUUAGUUCAAGUGGAUUUUGUGUGUGUAUGGUGGGGAAAGGUAUAGAGGGUAGGUAGGGAAACAGUAUUAGAGGAUAGAGAGGGCUGUUAGUGAGUAAAAGCGUUAAGGGAAAAGGUGGAUAGAUGUUUCAGAGGGUAAGGGAAAGUGGUGGAAACUUCAGGGUUCAUGGAAUAAGAGGGGAGAGCGUAGGGAGUACGAGGGAACAAGCAGGGGGUUGUGUGAAUGGUUUAAAGGGUAAACAUAUUGUAGGGUUAGGUGUAAAGAACAGUGGAGAUUGCAUGAAUGGGAUGGUGAGAGAGUGGCUGUGGUGGAUAGGCUAUGAGGUAAAUAAGGAAGGGAUUGAAUGGUGUAGGAAGGAAGUGGUGGAGGGAUUUGAGAACUAGUGUAAGGGAGUCAAGGGUAGAAGGGAUUUAGGGAUGAUGAUGGAAUUGGGUUUGAACACAAAAUUCUCAAAACCCAGACUGAUGAAAUUUGGUAGUCAAUUAUUAUUUUUCACUCCAAAAUGAAGUAGAUGUACUUUGGCUGCCUUUUAUUCUUAUACCUUGCGCUGCUGAUUUUUUCAACUUGUUUUAAGCUAAUAAUAAUAAUAAUAAUAAAUGACAGUAGGAAAUGUUAUGUUGUUAAAAAUUUUAGGGGUCACUAAGAUUUAGUUUUAUUACAGCUAAGUAGUAGAAUAAGGUAUGUGGAAGCUUAAAUUAAAAGACAGGACAAUAAGAUAAGAAUGUUUCAGCAAAGAGCCUUCCUUGUCAGACAGGACAAAUGAAAAUACAACAAGAAAUAGAAACUAUUUAAAAAAGUUAAGUGAUCGCCAUUGCUAUUGCCAGAAGAUCUUAUUGUCUUGUCCUUUGAUUCAAGCUUCCACAUACCUUCUUCUACUAUUUAUUUCACAGCACAGUUUGAACGCAGUCCUUCAUUUAUUAUCCUUUACAGCUAAGUGAAGGUUUUAGUGAUAACUUUUUAAGUAAAGGGUUAUGAAGUUUUACAAGGGCCAGUUCAUCUAAAAUGGCAUAAAUUACUGUGUUUAUAAGCUGACCUUGCAUUGCAGCUGUAUUUAAUAUCAAAUAUUGCUAUGUUUUAUACUCCCAGGGAUGAAAAAUAAUAAGUUGCAACAAUUAAUGGCUUUUGUGCCAAAAAAUAAGAGGACUCAACAAUAUGAACAGUGGGCUGUGAAACUGAAGAUGGCAAUCAAUAAUUUUACUGCAGAUUCACAACUCAAGGAAAAUAAAUUAUCAAUCAUGGUUUCAACAACCAUCUCAGAUUUCUUAACGGUAAGAAUACCAAUUUGGUAUGAAGAAUAAUAAAUAAUUAGGUGAAAUCUGAUUCACUUGUAAAUAAUUUAACCUUAAAACUCAUCAUAUUAUAUUAGUAACAACUUUGGUUAUGUUAUGAGGCUUUGAUAUAUUUAUCUUAAUGCAUUAACUCUUGUACUAAUUUUUAAAAUAUUAUUAUUUAGAUUUUUAGUUGAUGAUUAAUAAUGUAUUCUUUUAAAAAGUAAGUAAUAAAGAAAGUAAAUGUAAACCAUUUAUACUGACACAGACUGCAAGACAUGCAUGUAUCUAUUUUAUAUCUUCUUCUUCUAUAUAUUAAGGGCCCACGAUCAAUUUAUUGAUCAUUUUGGCUCCUAUGCAUGUAGAUGGGGUUUGCAAUGUUUCUGUUCCUGGUGUUGAUGAGGAAAUUUCACUGAUUUCCAGUGGCACUAUGUGAGGGAAUCAUGCACUAGGGGUUUGAAGGCUUGAGGCAAUAGACACAAAUGUGUCUAGUGUUGUCACCUCAACCGUUCCUUUUGAAAGAUUGUUCCAGUCCCUGAUUGUCAUGGGCAGGAAUGAGCAGCUCCUAUACUGGCUUUUUGCUGGUAUGAGCCUGAAUUGCCUGUCAUGGCCUUGUCGCUGUCUAUGGGGGAGAGGGACGAGUUUCUGUUUAAUACUGGAACAGUGGACCAGCCCAUUAUUUAUCUUGUACAUCAUGGAGAGCCUGGAUUGUCGUCGUCGUUCCUCCAAUGGUGACCAGCCUAGUGUUUGAAGCAUGCUGCCAACACUAGAGGUAUUCCUGUAGCGGUUUAGGACAAAGCGUGCUGAUCGUUGCUGGACCGCCUCCAACCUGUCAAUGCUCUUCUGGGUAAAUGGGUCCCAGACUGAAGAUGCAUAAUCUAAAACCGGACGGACAAAGGCUUUAUAUGCUCUUUCUUUCACACAGGAGUUGGCAAUCUUUAGAUUUCGCCUUAAGAUUUGCUUUAAUUUGUGACUAAAAUAUGUGAACCAAAAUCUGAGAGUUUUCAAUUUAUUUGGACAUUAAGUGCACAAAUAAUAACUAGGUAUGUUCGUUUAUGUUUUUGGAAGGCCAGAGCUUAUCUUAGUGUAGUUUUAUAAUGGACAGAUUUAAAAUAAUUUUAAUAUAAUGAUAAUAUUUUUACUUUCAGGCCUACAAUUUUGCCCUGCAGACCUAUGAUUUGGUUGAGUCUAGAGACAUGCUUACAUAUUUAACAAAGUUUUUUGAAAAAUACCUCCAAAAAGAAGACAUGACUGAAGAAGAAAGAAUUUUUUUGACUGAUUUUGAAGGUAAUAAUUUCCAAAAACUAAAAAAAAUAUUAACCUUUUUAACUGGAUAAAAAAACUGUAUUGUUUACAAUGAGACAAGUUUGCCCAACACUGUGGUAUAUACUUAUUUGUUUGAUACAUACAUUUUGUCUAAAAAAGUUGAAAUAAAAUUGUUUACGUGAAAUGAAGUAGUGUGCCAGGGGAAUCUGUAUAAAGGCAUCAAAAUGAAAUAUUUGGUUGAAAAUAGUAAUAAAAUAGAAAUAUAUAAUAAAAAUAACAUUAUAUAGGCAAUAUUUAAAUAUGUAGAUCUAAUCAUUUUUAUCCCUUAGAGAUAAGCAAGAAAAUAAUUAAGCAAAAAAAAAAAAAAAUACAUGCCCCCCCAGCAUGAAAAAAUUAUUUUCCUUGUCAUAUUUUUUUGUUGCCUUUUCUCAUUUAUGGUAGAGACAUUCAUUAAUUCAUUGCUAUUUAUGUAAUAAAGAUUCACUCUUCAUAAUUUUUUUAGAGUCCUUUCUUGUAAUUUCAUGGUAUAUUCGCAAAGACGAUAAAAAUGUGAUAAGCAGUAAAAGAUUAUCUGAAAUGCAAAAUAAAGUAUAACAUAACAGCCUCAUGUCCAAUAAAGUUUAAAAAAUUAAAAACUUAAAAUUAUGGAUGCCUGUUAUGUGAGAAUCCUCUAUAAAGCACAAUAAGAGAUUAAACAGUUUAAGUUCAAAGUUGAAGUUCUUGUUUAGAACCUUGAAAGAACUCUAAGUUUUCAGCUCUCAAAAUAAGAAUAAUAAUAAUUGUGCUUGUUGUCAAAAGAUUUUUAAAAAAAAAAGUGUUUUUUUCUAAUUAAAUUUUCUUAUAACAUCAGAUAGUACAUGAGGAAUACUUUGACAGAUUGAUUACCCAUCCACCUUAAAUAAAGAAAAUCUAAUUUAUUUAUUUUGUCUAUUUUCAAGUGGUUGAAUAACUAGAAUUUUGAAGCAGAUUGAAGCUAUUCAGCUCAAGAACUGCUCUGGCUUCUCUCAAAAAUCAUAAAGCUAUUGCCAAGCCUGAUAAUAGCAAAAUAUCUUCAUUAUAAAAGCAGUUGCAUGCAUCAUCAUUAUUAGAAAACAUAGAAAAUGUGACAAGUUAUUUAUUGACACAUUUAUUUUCAACAGCUUUAAGACUAAACAUUUUACGAGGUCAGGAUAAAAGAAAUCCUAAUUUGAGAAUUUUAGCUGAUACACUUAAAACAUACCUGGUGAACAGAGGCAGUGGUUCCCGGUGUAUCAUCUUUGUGAAGACGAGGGCAUUAGCAUUAGCAUUAACAUCUUGGCUCAAUAGAUGUGACAUUCCUGAGAUAAGAGACCUUAAGGCCUCCAUGUUUACUGGUGUCAAUGCUUCUGGGGACAAAGGAGGUAAGCACUUUAAUAUAUUUAAAAAAUAAAUGUUAUCUAGAAUUCAUUAAAUUUAAUUUUGUUUUGGUUUCUUCUGUAGAUGGUUAUUGAAUACUAAUUAUUUUGUUUCCCCUAUUUAAAAAAAACAAAAAAUGAAUCAUAUAUUAUCAACUAUGUAAAACAAGCGAUUGUCUUUUUUAAUUUUCUAAAAUGGUUCAUCAAUGCAUACUUCUUUAAAAUUAAUUUAGGAAUGACACCAGCUAACCAAGAACAAAUUCUGCAUAACUUCUCUUCUGGACAAACUAAAGCUUUGGUGGCUACCUCAGUGGCAGAGGAAGGAUUGGAUAUUCCAGAAUGCAAUUUGGUUAUUAAAUACAACCACAUUGGAAAUGAAAUUACCAGCGUACAAACUAGAGGUCAGCUUUUUUAUAAAUGCAUUAACUUGUAAAGCCUAUUCAUUAUGUAUGAUGACAGACGAAUCCACAUGGUAGCAUUUCUGGCAAUGCUUCAACCCAUAGAACAUAAAAAGGAUAUCCUGUCAAUUUGAUUAAAGCAUAACAAUAAGUUAUGGCUGCAAAAAAUAAAACUGUCAUAAACAUUUGAUUAUUCAAGUGCAUAUUAACCUGUGCUUAUAUUUGUAUUACAAUGGUGGCAGCAGUGCCUAAACUUCCAUUCUACUAAAGUUACUUGAUAAAACAUGCAUAAUUCAAGUAAUGCACUCUAUAGAAAUUUCAAAAAGAACUUACAACGCCCCUUUCAACGCCAUCAACUUAAGCAUUCACCCCAACGGAACAGGUACUUUGAGUUACUUGAGCUAUUUUAAUUUUUAUAUUAUAAUGUCCCACCCCUAACCCCAGAUAUCACAUCAAACUUAAACAGACACAAUGUAUUUUUAAGAAUCUCUUUUGAAGCGGUUAUCAGGAAUUUCAUUUUGCAUACUAUUGAACUCACCCUUAUACUAAACAUACCUAGAGAAUUAUAUUGUUUGAAUGUUGUGUACUGGUACAUUUGUUCAUUUUCAUUUAAACUAAAUCUAGAUUUGGAUAACCUAUAGGAAUAAACUGGUGUGUUGAUUAUGAAAAAUGUAAAAUAUUAAAGGCUUUGCAGUCCAUUUCAUUUUAUAUUCUUUACUUUACAGUUUGUCAGUUAGAAGAAUUUUUAAAAUUAAAUUUAAAUGAAUAUACCGGUAACUUUUUAUAGUUAAUAAAAAUGUAUCAAUUUUUGGAAUUUUCUUUGCAGAGCCUUCCUUUCUUAGUCUAGAAAAUGUAACAUUAGUUCACAGUAAAGAUAAAUUAGGCUUGCAGUUUCUAUUACCCAUAUAUUUUUAGGAAGAAGCAGAAAACUUGGUGGUGUUUCCAUUCUUCUUGCCAUGGCAGAUGUUGUGAAAAAGGAAAUGCUCAACCAUGAAAAUGCAAAGAUAAUUGAUAAAGCAACAGAUGAAGUAGCUACCAUAGAAAUAUCUGUAAUAAAACAGCACAUAGAAAACCAGCAGCUGGAAAUCUUGAGAGCAUCUGAGGAAGCUGAAGUAAGAGCAGCAGUUCGAAGAAGACAAUCUCAAAGUGUCCAGUUUAAAAUGGUGAGACAUAAUUAUUUAGUACACAUUUUAAAAAUAGAUGAUGAAAACAAUCAGAAAGAAUUGUUUUUAGGUCAAUUUGUAGAAUUUAGCUAACAGAGAAACACUAUUAAAUUGUCUUAUUUAAUAAGUUUAAUUUUGUUUUAUAUUGUAUAGAGCAUUGUUUAAUGGAAAAUAAAUAAGACAGCAUGAAAUUCUUUCCUUAGAUCAUAAAAUUCAUAAGGGAAUCUUCUGUUAAGUAUAAUAAAGUUUUAAUUUAUUUUUGUUUAGCAAGUGUCAGGAAGGUUUUCAGUUAAUUAAUCAUUUAAAAUAAAUUCAAUAUAAACUAUAUUCAUAGAUUUUAAAAUUUUCAUUUUUUCGUGUCCUGUCCUUAUUUUCAUUAUAUGAGAAAUUGAUUUUUGAAAUUCAUAUCUUUACCAUGAGAAUUAUUCAUUUAAUAGAGACCUUUUAAUAAAAAGAUUGUUCUUUUGAAAGUUUAGUGAAGUCUCAUUCAAAUAGAUUUUUUCAUAAAUGCAAAUCAAACACUUUGAAUAAUAUUACAUUACAAUGAUUAAUUGAUGUUCACAGAUGUUAAUAAACAGGAGAAAUAAGAUAUUUAUUUUGGCAUUGCAAAGGAAAAUUGUUUUACCACGAUGAUGAGGACAUUUAUAUCAGUCCUCUUGAUUUCUCAACUAUUGACUUGUAUUUCAAGAUUACGACUAUUUUUUAUUAAUUAGUAGCAUUACUUUCUACUAAACAUGAAUGCACUAAAACCUUAGAUUAGGAGUAAAUAGAAUUGCAAGUAUUUUGAAAGAUCAGCAAAACUUAAACAAAUAUUUUGGUUCUGGUAAUGUUUCGUUGCUGCAUUUAUUUAUUUAGACAUUUUUAUAUAGCGCUUACCUUAAAGCUCUAAGCGCUUUACAAUUAUUAAAAACAUGUAAACUAAGUAAGAACUGGCAUUUUUGCAGCGGUUGGGGGUAUGAUGUUGCUAAAUGUUCUGUAUCUAUAACCACAUUAAGAAAGAGGCUGAAAAGGAAGGCAAAAGCAAUUGUCAUUGGAUAGGUUCCUUGUCAAUGUCAUUCAAAAAGAAACAGUAUUUAGUGAGCCAACAGAUAAUUGUGAUGGUCAUCCUACACAAUAAUUUAUAAUCCCCCUCCUCAUCUCUCUCAUCUGCAAUGAUUUAAAAAUUUUGACUAAUUUAUCUUAAGAUUAAAUUUAAUAAUUUAAAUUUAAAUUUUUGUUUUGUAUUAUAUCAUUUUUUAUAUGAAUUGGGUUGGGGAACAAAUCAAUCAUUCCUUGUAUGGAAAUUUGCUUUGAAAUAUGAGUGUUUUCAAUUAUGAGCACACUUCUGGAAGGAAUUAUGCUCUCAAUCUACAUUUCUACUGUAAAAGCUUUAUCAGCCAUUAUUAUUUCUUUUAUUUCUAGCGGUGUUCUCGUUGUAGAUCUCUUGAAAUAAUAGGUGCAGACUUGAGAACCAUUUAUGGAUCAUACAGGGUUGCUCUUGACAGGUAAGAAACAUCCUUUUAGCCUUUUGUAAAAUACUAUAUUUUUAAUUGACAGUUUUCCUCUUGACUUAGCUAUAUACAUAUUAUACAACAUUUUCAGUCCAAUUGUUACCCUAACAUAUGCCUAAAAGCAUAUGAAAAUCUAUUUCUGAAUGUAUUGCUAAUAAAUGUAAUUAAAAUGUGUUCUUUACAAUAUAAUCUGUUGAUAAAAGAAUGCUUAAAAUAAAGGAGAAAAAAAUUAAUGUUAGGAAUUUAAUUCUUUUUAUUCAGUUUAUAUUUCAUAAUCAAUAUAAAUUGUAAACUUAUUAAUUUUGAUUGCUUUCCUGGCCAGAAAUUUACUGGAUGACAAACAUAUCAAAUGUAGACCAACAGACGUUAAACUUUUAGAUGGGCUUGAAAUAUUUGGUGAUGUCAUUUGCUGUGGUGAAGGAAAACCUGGAAUGACCUGUGGUCAGAAACUGGGCAAAAUGAUAAAAUAUUCAAGCAUUCCUUAUUUUGCUACAAGUUGUGAUAAGUUUGUAUUUUGCUCUGGUGACAAAACUGAAAACUUUAAGCAAUGGAAGAAAGCUUCUGAAGUAUAUUUCAUUGAUGAAUUAACCAAAGAAGACAUUAGAAGGUAACUUUUAUUCUAAUCUUUAAAAAAACAAAAAAAAAAAAACAACAAAAAACAUGAAUUAUUUACAUUUUAUAAAACAAAUUUAAAGCUAAAAUAAUAUAAAGAACAAAGGAAUGAGUUUAUUUAGCCAACUUAUAAAAAGUUUUUUUUAAAUCAUAUUUUUCACCAUUUAAGAGUCCAUAAAUGUGUUAAUUUUGAUGGUUUUAAUGAAAGAAUACAUUUAUUUUGAUCUAUUCCAUGUACUUCAUUCAUAUUUUUACAUUUAAAAGUUAGCCAAUUGGAAAAUUUAAUUUAAGCUUAUAUUAUUCUAUUCAAAUAUCCCAGAUACAUUCAAAUGGGUAAUGAAGAAGUCAAAGAAUUUGGUGACAGUGAUGAAGGAAGUGACAGUGAAUAAAAAAGACAAGAGUUACUUUCCAGCAAAUAUGGUUUUUAAAAAAUCUAUUAUAAUAAUAAUGCAUUUUCUUUAACUUCACUUGCAUAGAUAAAAAGAGGUUUUUGAUUUGAUGCUUGGUAAUUUUUGGAUUUUUGGUUUUGGCUUACAGAGCUAUUGCAGCUGACAUAACUACACCAUCUCUGACUUCAUUAAGCAAAUUAAUUAUUCAAUAUGACGUAACUAAUUUUUAACAAAGUAUCCAUUCUACAUCAGAUUGAUGAUAACUAUGAAGCAUAUAAUUCUGAUGAGAAUAACUUGAAAUCCAAUAAAUUUAUAAUCUCUACUCCAUUCACUUGAAACUAUUUACAUAAUUGGGACCUCUAUUUUUUGCAGUGACAUCUUUUUUUUUUUUUUUUUUUUUUUUUUUUUUGAAAAUUAAAGUUGGCACAUUAUUCAAAAUACAUGUUAUUAAUAUAAUUUUGUAAUGUUCUCAAAACAGGUUUAAACUAUAAGCUGUGACAACUUUUAAUUUUCUUUUAUACCGAGAAAUAAGAAAUAAAAAUUAUCUCCACCUAUCUAAGACUAGAAUUUAGUUGUUCAUUCUUAUACAGUAUUGAGAGCCACUAGCACAUAUAUUCUGGUGAAGGUCUGAGAUUACUCUCAUAUGACCUUGGCUAGUACAUUGGCUACCAGCUCCAUCUGCUGAGUCAUACAACAUUUUCCUUACAUAGGGCUCUCCAACCCCCCUGGUUUCCCUGGGACAUAUAGUGAGGGACAUUCGGUCAACAGGUGCCCUAGUGUCUCCAGGACCAGGCUGCAAUGCCGGCAGGUAGGGUCCCUAUUGUUAUCUAGCCGCCAGAAGUAUGUGCCUAUGGCGCAAUGCUCAGUGCACAUUUGCAUCACUAAACUCUGCUUCCUGUGUGCUAGGAGUGGGCAAAUCUGAAAAAGAUGCCUCUGGCAGUUGUAUUGCCUGCUCGUUGCCUGUACCACUUCAGCCUGAAGUGGUCUGCCAGUCAGUUCUUUAUUCCCAAAUAAGUUAGUGGUACUUCUGGCUGAGGCUAGGCAGCCCCGGUUUUUGCCAGUGUGUCUGCUUUCUCAUUGCCACUGACGUUGACGUGACCUGGGAUCCAUUGCACUGUCACCUUGCCUCCUAGUUCACUGAUCUUGCACAUGUCAUCAAUGAUGACAUUGAGAGCCACUAUACAGUUCAAUAAGAAUUAAAUGUGGAAUGGAAAAAAUAUAUAAAUUUUAAACUUUGAUUGUAUUACCGGUGCCUCACAAAAAAAUGUUGUUAUGUUGACAACAAUGCUGUGAACAUUUCUUUUUGGGAUAUGGUACUUUUAUUUUUUUAAGAUGACUCACUUACAUAUUUACUAUAUUUUACAAAAAUCUGAAAAAAAGAUUAUAUUUAUUAUUUAUUUUGAACUUUAUACAUUAAGCCAGUAUUGCUCUCAUUUAAAAUUAAAUACUUGUAGGUUUUCGUGUAUAUAUAUUCAAUCAAAUGAUUGAUCAUUUAAACUAGGACACAAUUUUUGUCCAUUGUUAUUUAAUUCUUUUAUUUUUAACUGCCAAUAUUUGUUUCUAAUUAGUUUCCUAUUUCUGUAAUAUAAGCUAAGAAAGUUUAACAAAUGUUUAUUACCGGUACUCAAAAGCAUAUUAUUUUGCAAUAUUGUAUUUUUAUUUCCAAAUUGAGCUUGGAUGUUUAAGAAUCUUUUACAUAACUUUCAAAUUUUUUUGUAUUGCAUUAAUGGAAGUAUUAGUAUUAACCUUUAAACAUUUGAGUGGCUUUGAGGCUUUCAUACAAAAAUUACAUUUCGUAUUAAAAGCAAUAUGCAUCUCAUAUAUUGUGUGAAGAAUGAUAGCCAAAAUGGAUUAACAUAAUAAAUAGCUUAUUUUGUCAAUGCUACAACUUCUCCAAUAUUGUGUAAAAGUAAACUAAAAUAAAUGGGGAAAAAAAAAAUGAAAUUUAUUAUGAAAAAAAAAAAAGGUAUGGUAAUUUCACUAUUUUAAAUUGCAUACCAAAAUAAUUAAAAAAAAUAAUCAAUUUUCAGGUUGACAAAUUUAUGAGUAAAUCUUAAAUUAAAUAUUUUAUUAGAUAGAAAAUAUAAUAAAUAGCUUAUUUUUUCAAUGCUAAAAAUUCUCCAAUAUUGUGUAAAAGUAAAAUAAAAUAAAUGGGGAAAAAAAAAAUGAAAUUUAUUAUGAAAAAAAAAAAAAGGUAUGGUAAUUUCACUAUUUUAAAUUGCAUACCAAAAUAAUUAAAAGAAAUAAUCCAUUUUCAGGUUGACAAAUUUAUGAGUAAAGCUUAAAUUAAAUAUUUUAUUAGAUAGAAAAGACAUUGCAAAUCUGAAGGCGGAUUAAUUUUCACACAAUGCAUAAAAUUGUUUCAUUGGUCAUCAAUGUCAACAUGUUUCACUCAUAUACAUUCUUUAGACAAGAUAGAUUAAUCCUUAACAUUUCAAAUAUCUGGUUUUUAUAACGAGAGCAUCCCCACUUAUUCACAACUCCUUUAAAUGAUCCUGAAUACUUGAUUUGAUUACGUCAUGCACAUGAAGUUCAAUUUUAAGAACCCAUAAAAAUCAAUUUAAAAAACCGAGUGGAAAAAAUAUGACAUCAUUAGGACCACGAGGUUAAGAGUUGCACCACAUAAACUUUGCACUAGAACAGCUCCUGAACGUAGGCAAACUUGUGGACUAAACAGCACAACAAUAAGAUUUGUCAUUAUACUUGAUGUUUUCUCCUCACAAGACAGUAACUCUUCCCACAUGCACAAAACUUUUAUUUCCAAAUGGCUGGGGAACAGAAAAUGUCAACAGUAAAGUGAAAGUUAAUCAUUAAAAUUUCGUUGAACAACUUAAUGCUGCCUAAGAUGCAGUAAUCAAAGUGAGAGUGUUUCUGUGUUUCUGGCAUUGAGAUGUGAGAGGCCAUAUGAUUUUGCUUGUAGCUAUUCAUUAAAAAUGUAGGCACGCAGCUGAACAGGCGUGUUAGUUUUGUUUUUGUUAGAUAUGGUUGUGCUUAAUAUAACAAAAGAAAUGUGCCAU